AUCCACAAAGUAUGUGACACAAAAAUUUAUCAUCUGGCUUUUAUUAUAAACGUUGAAAUACAUUUUUGCAAAAGAUGGAUUUUCAAAAAAUCCUCGAUAAACAUUAUUCUUGUCAUCAUUCUUUGAUGCAAAUCCUUACAACAUACAUUUUUUCAUCUCAAAUUCGUGGCAUUCUAUUGCGAUAUUCACCAGAAUCUGUUUCAUAUCUUGAAUCAACAUUUCUGGCUACAAAUCAAGAUUUAUCUUUGCUUAUAUCGAAUACGGCGAAACCUAAUCAUGAUAAUCAAAUGUUGAUAAGUUACAUUAAAAAAUUCAAUGAUUCAACUAAACAUUUAUCAGUGGAUGAGAAACCGUAUCUGAAUCUAUUCAACAAUUUAAUCGGUGUAAAAAUUGCUUCAAGAUUUGCAAAAAAUUGUAGUUUCUUCCAUUACAAUAAAACAUUGAAUUAUUUGUUUCUUGUAAAAGGAAAACAUUUCAAUUUUUAUUCUGGAAAUUCUGCAUCCAAAUCCAAAGGUGAUGAUUGGAAUGAAAUACGACCAUUGUAUCGGUCAAUAUUGGAUUCGGUUUUCGAUUAUCAACAAUUAAACAAUGACCCGUAUUGGAAAGAAUAUGAAUUUGAUAAACAACAAGAAAAACAUUAUAAAUUGUAUGCAAAAUUAUCACCAAUUAAUCGCGCCGACAUGUUUUAUUCACGACAAUCUUCUGGCCGAAUCCUACGGCGAUCUAGAAAUGAAUUUCCAUUUGUUGAUUUCAAUGAUGAUCAAACUGAGGAAUUGUUACGCAAAGCUUAUCAAGAUAUUUUCGGUGAUAAAGCUAAAUUUAUGACAAUUGAACAACAACCACAACAACAACAACAACAACAACAACAGUAUCAGAUUGAUGAAUAUUUAUUGAAAAUUUAUCGAAAUUUCAAAAAUACAAACAUUGAAAGUCUUUUAAGACAUUGUUGUCCAUUGUUGCCAUCUGAAUCGUGGACUGAUGACAUUAUUGAAAUGCGUACUUCAUCGAAACAAUUGUUUGGUUUCAUUUACGCUAUUUAUUACCGAAUCAUCCCCAUGGAAGUAAUGGGCAGUAGAAAAAAUUUUCGUAAUUUUAACAAAACUCUCAAGCAACUAUUUACCGCAUGUUCGAUAACUAAAUUUCGUCCAUGGGAUAUUAUCUACGGCAUUGAUGUUGCAAUGAUGAAACCGCUUUUCAAAGAUAUCUAUAAAAGUAUCAAUAUUUUCACACAAAAUGAAAUUGAAAUGCAAUUUCUUUGUUGGAUUUUCCGCGUGUUGAAACAAAUUAUUCGUUGUAAAUUUCAUAUUACGGAAAGCCGGUCAUUGAAAUAUUCAUUGCUCUUUUAUCGUUAUGAUUUAUGGGCCAAAUUUUCUAAUCAAACUAUUCGUCGAAAUAUCGAAGAAAAACAUUGGCAAUUGAUCGACUACAAACCCAUUGAGGAGACAAAAAUGCAAUGUAGUGAUUUAGACCAAUAUCUCCGUUAUUCAUCAUUACGUUUUAUACCGAAACGUAAAACACUGCGUCCAAUUACUAGACUUCGAUAUGCACGAAUUGCAGCCAAUCUGAAAUUCAAAAAGCAAGCAUCAACUUUUUCAGCAUUAUUGAAUUGUUUGAAUCAAAAUUAUUAUGACAAACAAAAUCAGUUGUCAGGAUCACUGUUAAAUCUGCAUCAGAAAUUUGUCAAUUUCAAACAGAAUGCAAAUCUUGCCAGUGGUAAUUAUUACGUAGUACGUGGUGAUUUUCGAAAUUGUUAUCCAUCAAUCAAUCUAAGCAAAUUGAUGACAAUCAUUAUGUUGGCCAUUGAAAAUAUGACUCGGCAAUGGAAAUGUAAACGGGUCAAAAUCGGAAACUAUUCAUUACCAGCAACAUUGCAUAUGCAGAGUGUGAAAUUGAUUCGUAAAAAAAGAAAUUACUUUCUUGAAAAAAUGAAAAUCAUUCUUUACGAUCCUAAAAGCGAUGAUGAUGAUUAUCGUAAUGAAAAGUUUAUUGUCCAACAACUUGGCUAUGUAAAUCUCAAUAAUUGGAUUAUCAAUGUUGAUCGUUCGGAAAAUAGCAGCAGUGGCAGUGGCAAUAACAACGCUUUUGGUACAGAAAAAAUUAUCUGUCUUCUAAAAGCUUAUUUGUAUAAAACAAUCAUACGGCUUGGACGUAAAAGUAAUUUGAGAUAUGAGAAAUACGGCAUCCGUCAAGGUGGACCAUUAUCCAAUGCCUUAUGUCGUAUAUAUCUCAAUUAUAUUUGGACCGAUGCGUUCCGGAAACAAUCAUUCACUAUUGAUAAGAAUGAUUUAUUUCAAACUUUUGCCGAUGAUUUCAUAUUCAUGACGACUUCGAUGGAAAAAGCGAAAAAUUUUCUUGAAAUUUUGAAAUUAAUUUCCAAAAACUUUCAUCUUCACAUAAAUGAUGAAAAACUUUUCAUCAAUUUUGAUGAUAAUGAAUUGAAAGAAAAUUAUAAAGUCCAAUUCCUCGGUAGAAAAUUGACUUUCAGUCCUGAACUUGGGUUCGGCAUUGAUUUCAAUUCAUUUGCUGGCCAAUCAAUUUUGAAUACGUUCAAUGCGAAUCCAAUGGCACCAUUGUUAGUUGAAAUGAAACUAUUAAUAGGAAAUAUGCAUCUUCAUUGUUAUCCCGAACUUUUUGAUUGUCAAUUAAAUCCCGUGAAUGCGGUUAUCGACAAUAUUUUUCAACGAAUCUUAUUGCAAGCAAUGAAAUUGGCAAGUCUUGUUUCGAAAAAAUCAACAACAAUUCAUUUAGCGUCAAAUAUCCUGAAAUUCAUCUAUCAUCUAGCCAGACGUCUAUUUCAAUGGAUAAAAAAUUGUAAAAUUCAAUUUCAUUUAACGGAAAUUCAAAUACAUUGGAUAUCGGCUGAAGCCGUCAGAUUAUUAUGGCAAACCAAAAUGAAACAUCGAACCAAAGUAGAACAUUCAUUUAUUAAAAAGUAUUGUCGAAUUUUACAUCAACAAAGCUGUUGUGAUUCUGGCCAAAAAAUCAAUCUCACUGGUGAUGUUGGUUAUCAAUUUCCAAAAGAAAUGUUUUUUCCAUUUGAUCAAAUCAAACUUAGAUAAUUGUGAAAAAUUUUAAAAAAUUCCCGAAAACUUUCUUACAUAUUAUUAUAAUUAAAAUUUCUGUAAAUUUUCUCAUUACACAUGUUUGUGAACAUGUGGUAU